GAUCUCAUUCUCUGUGGCCUGAGCUUUCUGACCCCUCUCGCUCUUUCUGACCUCAAAACAUAACAAUAAUCCCAGCUGCGAUUAAAGAGUCUCUCUUCCAAAGCACCCAUGGCCCCAAAGAAAGUAGAAGCCAAGAAGCCGGAGCCUAAAAAGCCUGAGCUGAAGAAGCCCGAGCCGAAAAAGGAGGCUGCGGCGGCACCACCGCCUCCUGCCGCUCCAGUCGAACCCGAGCCGCCCAAGGAGCCCGCAUUUGACCCCAAGAGCGUGAUGUUGGAGUUCACGGCCGACCAGAUUGAGGAGUUCAGGGAAGCCUUCCAGCUGUUUGACCGCACACCGAAGAACGAGAUGAAGAUCACGUAUGCGCAGUGCGGAGAUGUGAUGCGGGCGCUCGGGCAGAACCCCACCAAUGCCGACGUCCUCAAGGUCCUCGGGAAGCCGCGGCCCGAGGAGAUGAACAGCAAGAUGCUGGACUUUGAGACCUUCCUGCCCAUGCUGCAGCACAUCUCCAAGUCCAAGAAUAAAGGCAACUUCGAGGACUUCGUCGAGGGCCUGCGGGUCUUUGAUAAAGAAGGCAACGGAACCAUCAUGGGGGCAGAACUGCGGCACGUCCUGGCCACGCUCGGGGAGAGGAUGACCGAGGAUGAGGUGGAUCGACUCAUGGCGGGGCAGGAGGAUGCCAACGGAUGCAUCAACUACACGUCUUUCGUCAAACAUAUUCUCUCUGGUUAAGAUGGACUUGGGAUACAUUUGUGUAGAAAAUCUAUUUAUUGUUAUAUAAAGGUUUUUGAUGUGUUAAUAUAACCAUAAGAGACAAUGUUAACUUUUACAAAUAUUUAAUUUCAUCUAUUGACCAGAAUCCAUGCUAUAAUGCAAACACUGCACAAACGUGUAAGGAAUAAAACAUGACUGCGACGUCAUGAAGAGUUUUAUUCCUUUUAUUCCAUUUUUUUAUUGAUUAAAGAUCAUACUUUU